ACGAUCUUCGCUGAAUAUAGACGAUCUUCGCUGAACUCUUGACAGCAAGCAGCCAACUCCUCAUCGCUUCAAGCAAAACUGGCUGAACGAGGGAGGGAAGGGGAGAGAUCCAACUGAAGUCUCCCCUGCACUUCCUGAGAAGAAGAGUCAAUCAUGGAUGACAGCUCCUCUCUGCGCAAAGUCAGCAGUUCCACAGAGUCUGUGGCCACCGUCACCAGCGAGGAGUUUGUCCUGGUCCAGCCCGGUGCUACUGGGUCACCACAAGGCACUGAGGGCAAACCGAGGCUUAAGAUGUCUUUGAAUGGUAGUGAGCAGCUAGAGAAAGCCAUGGAGGAAGUGCUGGAUGAUGAUGAUGAUGAUGACGACGAUGACGUGAAGGUGGAGAAGAGCAGUGUGGAAAAGAUGGAGAAGCACAGCAACCCAGAAGUCCAAGCCCUGGAGCUCCAACCACCAGAGGUAUCGUCGCCCUGUCCUGCACCGGCUAGCCCCACCAUCCAAGAGGAGGACAGUGUGCAGUUCAACAAGCUGUCGUACCUGGGCUGCACUUGGGUCAAAGCCCCUCGUAAUGAAGCUGAAGCACAGAGGGCAAUGGCUACCUUGCGGGCUGAGAGUGCCAUCCCGAUCCCCAUUACUUUACAUGUACCCUGUGGACCAGAAGGCUCUGUGAGGGUUGUGGACCAGUCAUCGGGUACAGAGAUUUGUUCCUUCCCAAUUUACAAGGUCUUGUUUUGUGCUCGUGGACGUGACGAUUCUGUGGAAAGUGACUGCUUUUGCUUUACUGAGAGUUAUCGGAGUUCUGAAGACUUCCAAAUCCACGUCUUCUCCUGCCAUAUCAAAGAAGCGGUCAGUCGAAUCUUGUACAGUUUUUCUACAGCUUUUCGCCGCUCUUCACGCCCAGCCGAUAUCAGAGAUAUGCCGCUCUUGAGUCCUCUUGACAGUGACCUCUUUAUUUUUACUGUCUCUCUGGAGAUUAAGGAAGAGGAUGGCAAAGGAAACUUCAGUCCAGUCCCCAAGGACAGAGAUAAAUUGUACUUCAAGCUGCGACAGAGUGUUCAGAAGAAAGUUGUGAUUACAGUUCAGCAAAUUAGCAACCAAGAACUCGGCAUUGAAAGGUGUUUUGGAAUGCUGUUGAGUCCUGGCCAGAAGGUUUGCAAUAGUGACAUGCAUCUGUUAGACAUGGAGUCGAUGGGGAAAAGCUCUGAUGGAAAGGCCUAUGUGAUCACAGGAACAUGGAACCCCAAUAUUGCAGCCUUCCAACCCCUUAAUGAAGAUACACCUAAAGAUAAGCAAGUCUACAUGACAGUGGCAGUGGACCUGGUCGUAACUGAGGUGGUGGAGCCAGUUCGCUUCCUGCUGGAAACUUUGGUCAGGAUUUAUCCGUCAAAUGAACGUUUCUGGUACUUCAGCCGCAAGACCUUUAGUGAGACCUUCUACCUCAAACUUGGACAGCAUGCACCAGAGAGGACAGGUCAGAGUGAUGCUGUGUAUGAGGUGGUGAGUCUUCAGAGGGAGGCAGAGAGAAGCAAUGAAGGGAAAGGACAACUCACUUUGCCCACUGAAGAGGAGGAGGCAGAUGAUGAUAGUGACAGUGAAAUCUCCAGUGGGACGGGAGAUGUUUCCAAAGAUUGUCCUGAGAAAAUUCUGGAGUUGUGGGGAGCAAUCCUCAACAGAUGGCAUGGGAACCUGUCCAGUCGUCCAAAGGGUUUGCACCCAUUGGUCCGCAGUGGCAUUCCAGAGCCACUGAGAGCUGAAGUAUGGCAGCUGCUGGCUGGUUGCCAUGACAACCAUGACCUGCUUGAACACUAUCGCAUCCUCAUCACCAAGGAUUCUGUUCAGGAGGGGGUGAUCACUCGAGACAUCCACCGUACUUUCCCUGCACAUGACUACUUCAAGGACUCUGAUGGAGAUGGACAAGAUUCACUCUACAAGAUCUGCAAGGCCUACGCUGUCUACGAUGAGGAAAUUGGUUACUGCCAGGGUCAAUCAUUCCUUGCAGCUGUUCUGCUGCUGCAUAUGCCUGAGGAACAGGCCUUUUGUGUGUUGGUGAAAAUCAUGUUUGAGUAUGGCCUAAGAGCUCUCUACAAGAACAACUUUGAAGAUCUUCACUGCAAGUUCUAUCAGUUGGAGAAGCUCAUGCAGGAGCAGCUACCCGAUCUGUGGUCCCAUUUCCAAGAACUGAACUUGGAGGCGCAUAUGUAUGCCUCCCAGUGGUUCCUCACCCUCUUCACGGCCAAGUUCCCCCUAUGCAUGGUUUUCCACAUCACUGAUCUGCUGCUUUGUGAGGGUCUGAACAUCAUCUUCAAUGUUGCCUUGGCUCUGCUCAAGACAUCCAAAGAGGAUCUCUUGACGGCAGACUUUGAAGGGGCUCUCAAGUUCUUCAGAGUCCAGCUCCCCAAACGCUACAGAGCUGCAGAGAACGCCAGGAGGCUGAUGGAACAAGCUUGCAACAUAAAGGUUCCAACAAAGAAGCUCAAGAAGUUUGAGAAAGAAUAUCAGACGCUGAAAGAGAGCCAGCUACAACAAGAAGACCCCAUUGACCGAUACCAGAGGGAGAACCGCCGUCUUCAAGAGGCCAGUAUGCGGCUAGAACAAGAGAAUGACGACUUGGCCCACGAACUGGUCACCAGUAAGAUUGCCCUAAGGAAUGAUCUUGACCAGGCAGAAGACAAGGCCGAUGUUUUGAACAAAGAGUUGCUCAGCAACAAGCAGCGUCUGGUGGAGACGGAGGAGGAGAAGAGACAACAGGAGGAGGAGACAGCUCAGCUGAAGGAAGUGUUCAGGAGGGAGCUGGAGAAAGCCGAGCUCGAGAUCAAGAAAAGCACAGCCAUCAUAGCGGAGUACAAACAGAUCUGCUCCCAACUUAGCACCAGGCUGGAAAAGCAGCAGGCAGCAACGAAAGAGGAGCUGGACAUUGUCAGGAGUAAAGUCGCAGGUUGCGAGCACUGCCGAGACCUGUUCAGCACCCUGCGGUCCCUCCAAGUGUCGUCCCCGGGCCGCGACAACGCAACCUCCGAGCCGAUGGACGAGGAAAAAGACGGACUGAAGGAGCAGCUCAGGCAGAUGGAACUGGAGCUGGCACAGACCAAACUACAGCUGGUGGAGGCCAAGUGUCGCAUUCAGGAGCUCGAACACCAGCGAGGAGUCCUGAUGAACGAGAUCCAAGCGGCCAAGAACUCUUGGUUGAGCAAAACGUUGAGCUCCCUCAAGAGCUCGGCCUCAUCUUCGUCCACCUCCUCAUCCCAGAGUCCUGUGUCCUCCAAAGGAAGGCCCAGCCUAGAGUUCCUCGCUUCGCCUGCGCAAAGGAUCGCACAGAGGAGAAAUGCAGUGUUCCUUUUCUGGCUAUCUGGACUGUGACUAGAUGGAAGAAGGAAAGGUGAAGCAAAACAGGAGACUGGACCUGGCCUGAGUAAAUCCAUACAAUAUGGCCUCCUUUGCAGGUGAUAGAGUUUCAGUUCUGUUCGGUCCGUUAUAGCCCUCAAGCCUCACUAAAAAGAGGAACGGCUUCUUAGUGAGGUUCUAGCGCUUCUACACAAUUAUAGUGAUUUCAUUUGAAUUAUAUUGCAAAAAAAAAAAAUAUAUAUAUAUAUAUAUAUAUAUAUAUAUUGUUGUCUAUGACGACGCAAUAACAGCAUAUGUCGUGAUUUGAAAAGGAGUACUGCAUUGAACUUUAACCCAAAACAACACAUUUGUGUUUUUCUUUAUAGAAUUCUAACUUAAACAGUGUCCUAACAAAAAUCUUUCAAACGAAUUAUUCUUUGUUUUUUUUAAUAACCUUGUACAGUUCGCAAAGGGGGUAAAAACAGAAAGAAAGAGAGAGACAAAAAAAAAGGUUUUGUUUUAAAUUUUCGUGUGAUCUCUGUAAUUGUUCUGGUCCAGUCGAAACGCUGACGCGCCAAAACGACGUGCACGGACCCUCUAGAGUCUGUUUCACUUCUGCCUCCCCACUCAGGGGUUUUAUUGGACUCUCUGCCUGUGUCAUGCGAAUCUAAUUUCAUUCAUUAUCAACACAUCCAGUUGGUGCCUGCAAGUAUUUCAUUUGUUUUUAAUGAAAGCAAAUUCCUCCUGAAGGCAUCUCUUUGUGAAAUAUGUCCGUCGUUCUGAAGAGAACCAAAGAGGGCAUGUUCUUCCCAUACAUGUCGUUUCCAUCUUUUGAUACUGUAAUUUUAUUUUGAAUUAUGUAAUGGUCACAGAUUGCUGCAUAUCCCUGCUGCAUAUCUCCGCUACAUGCUGGCUUAAGUUGCACUGAUUUAGUAUUGAGUUUCAAAUAGUUCCCUUAUAUUCCCAUGCGCCAAUAGUCCAUCUUUAUUGCCAAAAUUGAAAGGUGCAUUUGCACAACUGUACCAACACCUUGUUUGCUUUUCAGCAUAUUAAAAAGAAAAAUACCUCUGACUGUUGUGGAGCUGGAGAGCACACAGUUCAUAUUGUAUGUAAGUGGUGACUCUAUUGCUCGGUACUCACUUUAACAAGCCAAUUACAAAAAGCAAUUGUAGCUGAUACGGAGGAGAGAGAGUGGCAACGUUUUUUUUAGAAUAAUUUUUAUUUAGGAAGAGUAUAUGGACAAAGGUUGCGCGGUGGAAUAGCUGUUAGCAGCUCUGCUUGUGAGGUUUGGGGUUCAAAUCUCGACUCCUGCCUUCCUGUGUGGAGUUUACAUGCUCUCCGUGUGCCUCCAGUUCACUCCCACGUUCAAAACAACAAAUGUGUUCGGUUCAUUGAUGACGAAAUUGUAUGUGAAUUUGAGCGUGAAUAGUUAGUUUGUAGUCUACAGUAUGUGCCAUGUGAUUGGCUGUCCACCCCUCCAGGGUGUACCCUGCCUCUUGCCCAAAAUCAGGCAUAAAUCACCAAUUGGAAUUCAAAAGAAAAGCCUUAGCGGUUAGCAGGCGGAGUACGGUCCGUCUUUGGUGCCAACCAUUUGUUUUUUAUCCCGGCUGCUGUCAGCCUCCGGACUGUGUGUGGGUGUGCUUGUGUUUGCUCAAAGUAUGUUGGAGUCUUUUCAGUUGGCUGCCUUUUUGUUGCUGACUGAAGUCGUUGGUCGUGCCAUAGCAGCCUCCCUGGCCCUGUUGGGUCCCGUUGGACGCCCAUUCAGUCAAGCAGCCUAACUGGACCAAAUGCACGAAAGGGGGGAGACGCUGAUGUUUCCAUUCACAUUCCUUCUGCUUUUUUACAUGUUGUGACCAUCCCAACAACAUGAGGUGUCAUGUAAAUUUUGGCCCAGACCCUCGUCAUUUACAUGCACUAACAAACACUGUUAUAAGAUUUUGGCUGGUUUAAAAGUUCCUUGAAGCCCAGCGCAUAAUGAUUAAAGCUGAGAAUUAUUGUCACAGAUAGGACAGUUGCCAGUUUCUCUUUCACUCUAACUGUUCACUUUGAGAGGAGAUUGCUGUUAAGUCACUGUCUGAUCUGUAUUAAUAAAUGUCAUGGCUUCUA